UAAUUCCCUCGGUGCUGCAUCGUCGUCGUCAUCAUCACCGUCAUCCUUACUAGAAACAGUUUUUACAAAAAAAAUAAAAGAGAAUCUCUUAUCUUCUCGCCCAUCUCUCGUUUCCUUUUAUUUGAUCCUUUCUUCUCGGUUCAUUCGGAUCCUCAGUUUCUCUCUCUCUCUCUCUCUCUCUCUCUCUUUCUUUUCUUUUCUUUAGAUGAUCUCAUUUGCUUACACUUCAAGCUAUCACUUCCUUCUCUUUGCUUAGCUUAAUUCUCUCUUCUACUUAAAAUUUGAAUUUAAUUGGAAAUCACCAGAUUCUCGAUUGUCGAGAAAACCUAAAUUGUGUUGACCGUGAUUGGUGGAGUUUUGACUGUUGAUCGCUGUUUUCUUUUUUGGGAAAUUCAGGUGAAAUGACGUCACUGCAAGGACCAGUAAUUUGCCCUGCUGUGCGUGCAAAACAAGCAGGAACUUACACUUUACCCUUGAACGUUCCGUUGUUUAAGGCUAGGCUUGUUAGAAGUGGAUUAUGGAGAUUCAAGGGUAUUAGUGAUUACAAAACUAAAUUGACUGGAUUUUCUCCACAACAAGCGCGUAAUACUACUCUACAGUGUUGUUUGAGUUCAUCCUCUAAUGGUAAUGGAAAUACAGCAGAGAAUUUCAAUGUAAAUGAUGAAGAUUAUGUACACUCUAGUGUAGUUGAAGCUGUUGAGGUGAAGAGUGGAGCAGAUGGUUUCAUGAUUAAAAUGAGGGACGGGAGACAUGUAAGAUGUGUCCAUAAUAACCCUCAAGGUGGGCAUUUGCCAGACUACGCUCCGCAUCCUGCAAUUGUAUUGAAGAUGGAAGAUGGGACUGGUUUACUCCUCCCAAUAAUCGUUUUGGAGAUGCCAAGUGUGUUGCUAAUGGCAGCUGUGCGCAAUGUUCAAAUUGCAAGACCAACUCUAUAUCAAGUUGUGAAGGAAAUGAUUGAGAAGAUGGGUUAUGAAGUCAGACUUGUUAGGGUUACUAAGAGGGUGCAUGAGGCCUAUUUUGCGCAGUUAUAUCUCACCAAGGUUGGCAAUGAGACACAAUGUGUCAGCUUUGAUCUUCGUCCUUCAGAUGCCAUCAAUAUCGCAGUGAGAUGCAAGGUACCAAUUCAAGUGAACAAGUACCUGGCUUACAGCGAUGGGAUGAGAGUUAUUGAAUCUGGAAAGAUAACACAUUCACCUGGUUCAGAUGGCUUAUUAUUUACUGAACUAGAUCGGCCAACUGGUCAGCCUUGUCUUGACACCAAGGAGUUUAAUCUUGUGUCCAACUUGAUGAAUGCGGUUGUUGAGGAACGCUACCAAGAUGCUGCUCAAUGGAGAGAUAUGCUUGGACAAUUUCGUGCUAAAAGGAACUUGAAGAAAUAUACAUGACUGAUGUUCCAGGAGAGAACUUGUACAUAGAAACCAUUGUUGGAAGGUCAGCCACAUAGAGCUGUAACCAGUCGUGCCCCUUUCCAUUUCUACCAAUGUGUAUGUAACCAAGGUUGUGAAUAUGUGUAUAGAUAAACUUGGCUUAUGAAACUUGAAGCAAUUAACACUUGUUAAUUUCUGCUGUGGAUGCUGAAAUAUAUAUAUACAUAUAUAUGCUAAAGCUUUACUAGGGUUGUCAUUCA